GUCAUCUCGUCGACCUUUGGUCCGGUAACUAGAUAGCGAGUUACAGUUAGCUUGGCUACCUAGCCAACUAGCUAACGUUAGUUAGUGCAGAUAGGCUACGACCAGGUGAGAUACUGACUUACUGUGAAAAGUUUCCCGCUAAGCUGAUGUAGCUAGAGGAAACAGGCACUGUUGUGUCAAAUGUUUGAAACCAGCUGCGGUUGUUGGAUUACUCGCUAGUUAGGUAACCUAAGGUCUGGGUCAUUAAGUCAUAUGUUUGCAAACGUCAGUAAUCCACUGACAACGUCAUGGCAGCCUGGUCCAGCUCUCAGGGGCCCAGCCCACCAGUAAAGCUGUACAAGCACCGGGUUGACGGGACAGACGGCGCGUCGUCGUACGGGGAGGUCCGCAGUGACAUCACGAUGAGCUACAAACCCAUCGCCCCUGCCCCGUCCGGCUCCAACCACACCCCGCCAGGCUCCAGUGUGCCCUCGCCCUCACUCCCCUCCUCCUCCAACUUCAGACCGGCGUUCAGUGAUUUCGGCCCCCCGUCGAUGGGCUUCGUUCAGCCAGUGAAAGUGUCUCAGGGCUCAACCUACAGCGAGCUGCUGUCAGUCAUCGAGGAGAUGAGUCGCGAGAUCCGCCCCACCUACGCCGGGAGCAAGAGCGCCAUGGAGAGGCUAAAGAGAGGUAUCAUUCACGCGAGGGCGCUGGUCAGGGAGUGUCUGGCAGAGACGGAGAGGAGCGCUCGCACAUAACCCUUUGCAGAAUCCCCCCGUCCCUCGUCUCUGUACAGGCCUCAUGUGUCACGUCUUCGUUAUCCUGACUGAACUUGUAACCUUCCCUUGUUCCAUUCCCUCUUCCAUGUAGCCUCUCACGUCGCCUAUGGGGUGUGUUCAGAAUGUGUAACACAUUUUGCAGUUGUAGGACAGUUCGCUCUCAGAACAUUCUGUAACUUAUAUGGGUUUCAUAGGCACCACGAGGGCCUGGUAAAUAUUGUCUGAUUCGUGUUGUCCAGUUCAGGUAGAUUAUUGAAAACUACGCCAUAAUGAAAUGUCUGAGUUUGAUACUCAAUCUUUCUCUUAGCUGCUAUACUGACACCACUUAACCAAAGGUUCAAUUACCCAUUGUUUUACAGUAAGCAACACUUAAGCCUUGUUCACACUGCAGGCCUUAAUGCUCAAAUCAGUUUUGUUUUUUCAAAUCCGUUUUGCAAUACUGACUGUCCAAACAGCAAGUUAAGUGACCAAAUCAGAGGUGUGUGUUGACAGCAGUCAUUUGCUGACAUGGCUGUGCUAGUUGUCAUACUAAUGAGGGUUGUGUGCGCGCAGUGGUGUUGGUGCUUCCUAUCACUCAGAAGUUAUGUAGCAAGCGAAGGUGACAAUGCCUGCAAUGAACAUUUCCCAGUUGCUUUGAAUGUUCAAAAUCAUAGUGUAAGAACACUUUAAAAGCCUCAGGUUAAGAUACUUUCAAAACAAGUGUUGUUUGGCUAGACACAGCAGUCAACUAACUAGGUAGCUGUUUAUCUUUCUAGCACAUUCACUCAUUUAUUUGUAAACGAUUAAUAAGCUAGUUAGUUGGCACGUUCUUGUCAAACUGUCAAGUGUAGCUAGCAAGCAACAAGAUAUGCCAAAUAAGUUUUUAAAAAACACUUGAGGGCAAAUCAAUCAGAUUUGACCAUUCAGACAAGUCUAAUGGCCAGGAAUCAGAUUUGUAGGUGGCUUAAAAUAUCCUAUUCCAUGUGCUAUUUGACUGUUCAGACUGCAGGAAAAAUGUUUUGAAUCGGAUAUGCAAAAAAAAAAAUGGAUUUGAUGUGAACAAGGCUUUACAGGAUCUUGAAAAUACCCAGUGCUCUGUUCCACAUGCUACCACCCUACACACAUCAAAUCAAACUUUAUUUGUCACAUGCACUGAAUACAACCUUUCUGUGAAAUGCUUACAUUUCCUGCUGUCAUAGUACCCUCUAUUUGCUGCAUACAGUCAAGCUUUCCUUGCCCUUCAUCCUCCACCCAAUUAACUAUUACCUCCCUAUACACCUGAAAUCAAUUUUGUUAGUAUGGUAAUUUUGUAAACCCAAUUUUUGCAGUUCUGUACUUCAAAAAUUGAAUAAAAUGAAAAGUUUUCCAAUUAAAAAA